UAGCAUGUCCUCUCCCUCCAAAGAACAGAGAAACGCACGUAUAGUGAUGACUACCCUGCUACUCACUGAGCAAAUAACACAAGAAGACCACGGCUCGGAGGGAAACUACGUCCUUUAUGGAUCCUUGUGUUCCCAAAUCACCGAGGAAGCUGAAUAUGUGAAAAAGCAGCUACCUCAAGUCGCGGGCAAUAAAGCGGAGCCAAAGAGCAGCGGCUGGAGCUGGAGCUGCAGCCCCGUUGCGACGACGAUGAAGGAAACAGAAGAGCAGCUGCUGCUGGUGAGCAGGGAAAACCAAGUGCUGAAGAUCAAGCUGGAAGCCACGAGAGAAGCAGGUGUACAGGCUCUCAGAUCUGCCUCCCAGAAACUGUAUGAGAAUUACCAGACUCUGUCAGAAGAACUGAAAAAAAGGCAUGAGACUGAGAAGCAGCAAAUACAGGCCUACAAUCUCCAACAAGCAGAAAAGCUCCGGCAAAGCUCAGAAAACGCCAGCCGCCUCGCUGAAGGCAUCAGGGAGAAAUGUACCCGCCUCGCAGAGAUGGAGACGCGCGUGCAAAGGAUGGAGGAGGAAAAGAAAACUCUGAUAGAGAAGAAAAUGUCAUUUGAAAAGAUGCUUCAACAGAUGAUGUCAAGGAAUGAAGACAGCAAACGGUGCCUGGAUCUCCAGAGGCAGAUUUCCACCUUGCAGGAGCAGAUCUGCCACCUGCAGCGGGUGAUCCAGGCGCAGCACCAGGGCCUGCGCAGCGUGAUACAGGAGGCAGAGGAACUGAACAAUGAACUCAGAAGCCAAGAUAAAAAAAUAGAAAACCUGACAGAGAAGCUGACUGCGCUGGAAGCACAGAAUAAAGAACUGAAAGACAGAGUGGAGUUUUGGUCUGGCCAGCCCAAGGCUAAAGUUUCAAAAGCUGUCUGGACAGACGCCCCACGAGCUUUUGGAGCACCCCCUUACCUGAUGCUCACCAGGCUAAGGAAGCAAGAGAGCUAAAGGACCGACUGGAUGUUUGUCUCCUACCUUUGCCAGAAGGACUUUUUCUGUGUGUUGCAACCCGUAACUCCCUACGGCCUCUUUGUUACUGCUGCCUGUCUGCGAAAGGCGGUGCAGAAGCGGUGCUGCAGAGCUGCAUUGGAAAGAAUAAACCUGGAAACAAGGCCAGAGCUGACGAGAGAGGCGGUGAGCUCAUGAAUGCCCGCACAGCCCAGACGGCAAAGGCAUCCCCGGCCAUACCUGGGGGAUGCUGCACCGCCGGACCAGCUCUGCGCCUGCCCUGGUGCGGGCAGCAGCAGGCAGCUGCCUGCACGAAGGGCCUCCCACCUACACAGACUGCAGCAGAGACUCAGUUUAACCACAACUCUCAUUUAGGUAAGAUUAUAAAAUA